CAGACGUUGCCCAAUAUUUCUGUACCCUAAAAAAGGAAGGCCCUCCACCGUUGUAUCUUGCGCAAGAGAUGAACUUAUCGAUAUAAUAUGACGUCAUUGGACACAACGGACAAGGGGAUUUCCCCUGGAUUUCCCCAUCGUAUGAGCAACAAAGGCAGAAGCUGUUUUAUUUUUAGGGAUACGCAUAUGUGGUUACUAUCUGCAAGUGCAAUAUCACAGCCUGCUGUGGAGGAUUUUUCUUAAAUAGAUGUGAGGCGUUGUAUACUAGGGGAAAAAAUUGCAAGCUUCAGUAAUGGAGAAAGAAAAUGGUGUACAACAUGUGGUUGGCGCAGCAGGGGACUCUGGGCAACUUGACGAUAAUAAGUCGGAUGAAAAAGUUCAAGAACCAACUGACAAUAAGGAGGAAUCUACUGAAGAUCAGGGCGCUGCUGCAAGCUCAACCUCAGAAGCCAGUGGUCAUGAUGGGUAUGUCAGUGGAAUGACUUCCCUUCAGAUUGGGGCAAUCUCCAAAAGCCGAGACUUGCCAGAAGGAGCAGCCCAGCAGAAGAUGGAAGGUGCAGUCGGGGGAGACUUAAACAACUCCAGCACGACGGCCAGAGAAUCUUUUGGAGAAUCGACCAGACAAUCCAGGGUUUCGGCAUCAGAUAUCCUCCACAUUGCCCCCUCCCAGAUCCUACCGGCAAGUGUGCCGGUGUUGGAUGACGGGGCCGAGGAUUUGCUGAGAGAUGGGUUCAUCGGGCACGUGACAAAGUACGAAGGGGUCGCAAUUGCCCCAAGCGAGGAAUUUGAAGUCACGUGGGCUACCAUGGAGUAUGAGCUGGAGAAGAUCAUAGAAGGGGGACUUAUACCGCAAGAUUCCAUUGCUUCUAGUGGCUUGGACGAAGACUCCUACAAGGACUUCAAGAUGUGCGCCGAGGAGCUCCAGAGCAACCUCUUUGAGGGGAAGCUCUUGGAGAGCCUCAGCAACCUCCGGGGAUUCCGCCGACUCUUCUCCCAGUCCAAGGAUCCGAUCUUGCGGCACACCUUCCGCGGCAACCCCGUGGAGGUCCUGCAGAACAUCUUUUACGGCGGGGAUGGCAUUAUACCUGAAGACAGGAUGAUACUAGCUGACCCGUUCUAUCACAGAAAGAAGGAUGAUUUUGAUGACUUCAUGUUUGACGAUUGAACCUUCUGGGCUUUUUUCCAGCUGGAUAUUGUGAAAUUCAAAGAGUAUUGCUUUGUGUCUUUCUUUUUGCAAAAACUUGUUCUGAGUUUAAUUUCAAAUAUGUUUUUUUUUUCUUUACAUAGUGGAAGCCUUUUUUACCUUUAAGAAAAUGUUACUGAUCUACAAUUCUGAUUGGUCCAUCCCAUAGCAACAGCAGAGUGAUAUUUAAUUUCAAACUGGUAUGAUAAUAUACAAAUGUUGCCUGUUGUGAUGGGGUCCAUGGUGUUUUGUACACCCGAGGGUGCAAAUGUUCGUCUCGGGUGCCAUUUGCACCCGAGGGUGUAAAAAAAACCAUGGACCCCAAUCACGGCAGGCAACAAUUGUUUUACCACGGUAAUAGCCUAGCUUGCAAGCGUCUGAAAUUGUGGGUAUCCCCCAGUUGCUGUGCAGUAAUCGCAGAAGUACUACAUGUAUUUUGAAAAGAUCCGCGAUUACUGCACCGUCAAUAUUCGCACAUAAUGGGUUUUUUUUCAUUGCACAGGAACACAAAUUAAUUUACCUUUUCCCAGAAUAGACCAAUCCUUUAAUCACUGCCAACCAAUCACAGCUGCGACCAUUGUCUGUGUGCUUCCAUCUGACACAAAGCACGCGCAUUUAUUUGAAAAGCGUACGCGCGUGUGCGCGCUGUCUGAAGCCUCUUACCCGGGCCUUUUCUAUUAUACAAGGCAGUGGAAACAACACUUUCAACAGUGGGGACGAUCAAGGUAAUGUACUAGCCUGUGGGUAUAUCACUCAUGUACCACGGGUAUACGCUUGACACAGUACAUGCGUGUUUGUGGCACAUCACGUGCUCAGUUCUCGACCAAUUAGAAAUCGCAAUAUAUUACCGUUAUAAAACAACUAAUAUUGUUUCCUGCUCGACGUUGGACUUGGAAGCACACCCUGACCUAAUGCCAUGUCCAACAUCUCGGCAGUCAACAAUGAUAUCAUAUUAAUGUACUUCAUGUACGCUUCUUCAGCCUGCAUGCACAGUGCCGGUGCACAUACUUAUACAUCUCAAUAAGCCAUUUACGAGUGACCUAUACCCUUUCGCACAUUUUAACUGAGAAUUCUCGAGACCGAAGACACUGUUUCUAAUCACAUGAUUCGGGGCAAGCUCUUGCAUAGUUAUGUAAGAGAUGCUCAGCACCAAUACCUUGUUCACAAUGGGUGAGAAUGGCACAA